GGUAGGUGUCAGCCGCCGAGCCCGGUUCUCGGCCCAGCGCUCCUCGCUGGUUCGCGCAGCCCUGGCGCCCGCGGUGGCGGCCGCCCACUCGCCGCGAUCCCUCCCGGGCUGCCGUGGCCCCCGCCCUGCGGUAUGAGCCGGUGACCGAGCGCGGGGCCGAGCGGGAGGCAGCCGUGGCCGAGGAGCGUGAGGAAGAGGCUGUCUGUGUCAUUAUGUGUGCGUCGGUCAAGUACAAUAUCCGGGGUCCUGCCCUCAUCCCAAGGAUGAAGAUCAAGCACCGAAUCUACUACAUCACCCUCUUCUCCGUUGUCCUCCUGGGCCUCAUUGCCACUGGCGUGUUUCAGUUCUGGCCUCAUUCCAUCGAAUCCUCCAACGACUGGAGCGUAGAGAAGCGCAGUGUCCGAGAUGUGCCCGUGGUCAGGCUGCCGGCCGACAGUCCCAUCCCUGAGCGGGGUGACCUCAGUUGCAGAAUGCACACGUGUUUUGAUGUCUACCGCUGUGGCUUCAACCCAAAAAACAAAAUCAAGGUGUUUAUCUACUCUCUGAAAAAGUACGUGGAUGACUCUGGUGUCCCAGUCAGCAACACCAUCUCCCGGGAGUAUAAUGAGCUGCUCACGGCUAUCUCAGACAGUGACUACUAUACCGACGACAUCACCCGGGCCUGCCUGUUUGUUCCGUCCAUCGAUGUGCUGAACCAGAACACGCUCCGCAUUAAGGAGACAGCGCAAGCACUGGCCCAGCUCUCUAGGUGGGAUCGAGGUACAAACCAUCUGCUGUUCAACAUGUUGCCUGGAGGUCCCCCAGACUAUAACACAGCUCUGGAUGUCCCCAGAGACAGGGCUCUGUUGGCUGGUGGUGGCUUUUCUACAUGGACUUACAGGCAAGGCUACGAUGUCAGCAUUCCUGUCUAUAGUCCGCUGUCAGCUGAGGUGGACCUUCCAGAGAAAGGACCAGGUCCCCGGCGAUACUUCCUCCUGUCGUCUCAGAUGGCUCUGCAUCCCGAGUACCGAGAGGAACUGGGAGCCCUCCAGGCCAAACACGGAGAGUCAGUGUUAGUCCUAGAUAAAUGCACCAACCUCUCCGAGGACGUCCUUUCCGUCCGCAAGCGCUGCCACGAGCAUCAGGUCUUCGACUACCCCCAGGUGCUGCAGGAGGCUACUUUCUGUGUGGUUCUUCGCGGGGCUCGGCUGGGCCAGGCGGUACUGAGUGACGUUCUACGGGCUGGCUGUGUCCCAGUUGUCAUCGCAGACUCCUAUAUUUUGCCUUUCUCCGAAGUGCUUGACUGGAAAAGAGCCUCUGUGGUUGUGCCAGAAGAAAAGAUGGCAGACGUAUACAGCAUUUUGCAGAGCAUCCCCCAAAGACAGAUUGAAGAAAUGCAGAGGCAGGCACGGUGGUUCUGGGAAGCAUACUUCCAGUCAAUUAAAGCCAUUGCCCUGGCCACCCUGCAGAUUAUCAAUGACCGGAUCUACCCCUAUGCUGCCAUCUCCUAUGAAGAAUGGAAUGACCCUCCGACUGUGAAGUGGGGUAGUGUGAGCAACCCACUCUUCCUCCCACUGAUCCCACCACAGUCUCAAGGUUUUACCGCCAUUGUCCUCACCUACGACCGAGUGGAGAGUCUCUUCCGGGUCAUCACAGAAGUGUCCAAGGUGCCCAGUCUAUCCAAGCUGCUAGUCGUCUGGAAUAAUCAGAAUAAAAGCCCCCCAGAAGAGUCUCUCUGGCCCAAAAUCCGGGUUCCAUUAAAGGUUGUGAGGACGGCUGAAAACAAGCUGAGUAACCGUUUCUUCCCUUAUGACGAAAUCGAGACGGAGGCUGUCCUGGCUAUUGAUGAUGACAUCAUUAUGCUGACCUCUGAUGAGCUACAGUUUGGUUAUGAGGUCUGGCGGGAGUUUCCUGAUCGGUUGGUGGGUUACCCAGGUCGUCUGCAUCUCUGGGACCAUGAGAUGAGUAAGUGGAAGUAUGAGUCCGAGUGGACCAAUGAGGUGUCCAUGGUGCUUACGGGAGCAGCUUUUUAUCACAAGUAUUUUAAUUACCUGUAUACCUACAAAAUGCCUGGGGACAUCAAGAACUGGGUGGACGCUCAUAUGAACUGUGAAGACAUUGCCAUGAAUUUCCUGGUAGCUAAUGUCACGGGGAAAGCUGUCAUCAAGGUGACACCGCGGAAGAAAUUCAAGUGUCCAGAGUGCACAGCCAUUGACGGGCUUUCUCUGGACCAGACGCACAUGGUGGAGAGGUCUGAGUGCAUCAACAAGUUUGCUUCUGUCUUUGGGACGAUGCCUCUCAAGGUGGUGGAGCACCGAGCCGACCCUGUCCUGUACAAAGACGACUUUCCUGAGAAACUGAAGAGCUUCCCCAACAUCGGCAGCUUAUAACCCGCCACAGGCGGGGGUCUGAACACUAAGCUUGGACCAAGGGAGAGAACAUGCUCCCCCCCCACCCCAGCACUUCUGAUAGCGGGGGGGGGGGGGGGGGGGGGACGACGUCAGAGUGGAAGAUUGACAUACUGACCCGCUUCCUCAAGAACGGGAAGCGCAGGAGGAUGCCUGCGCAUUGGGGGGCACCCUCUGUUCCUGUUUCCAUGGUUUCCAGUGGCUUUUCUUUGAAGAUGCGGAACGGAAGCCUUGGUGGCACUCCAGGUUCAGGUCCAGCUCAGGCUCCUUGGUCUCCAGUUCCUACAGAACCACCCGAAAGGGCUUCGCUGACCGAAGACUGCUGAGGAGAGAGCCUACCAGCCCACUUUAGAUUCUCGGAAUCGUGGAAAAGAUACCCUAUCUCACUUUCAGUCACUUCAGAUCAGUGAGUUUUUUGGAGGAAAAGCCAAGCCCGGAAUUCGGUGCAAAAUCCAGACAUCGUAGUGGGAUUUGAUAUACAGGGUGGGCAAAAGUUGGUUUACAGUUGUUCGAAUGGAAAAUAAUACAAUAAUUAAUAAAGUACAAGAAUAAACUGUUUCACGUACUCACAACUGCAGACCUACUCUUGCCCCACCCUGUGUGCCUGGCCCUGGGGUGCUGGACUCGCGAACAGAAGAGCAUCAGCUGCCGAGCGGGGAUCUUAUAAGCACCAUAACUAUUCCUGUUUGAUUUGGCUUUUUAAUGUGAUUAAAGUAAUUUUUAUUCCUUUUUCUA